AGCAGUCUGGUCCAGAUCCUCCGCGCUCCUCCUCGAGCUCGAGACGCACACAAACGUCCCCAUUGUGCGCACAAACGGCCGCGGCGGCUCGCGCAUGCACACGCGCCCUGCGCACACGCUCUCCGCCGGACGCGUUCGCGCAGCCCAGCGCGCGCGCAGCAUCGAUCGUGGCUCCUUUAAGAGAGCCCAAGCCAGAAUUAUCACCCCACCUCCUCUUGAUCUUCCUCUAGACGCUUUUGCAUAAGAAAAUCAAGCCGGGAGCCGAGAGUGAUCAAAGAAAGCGAGAGGAGAGCUGCUUCGUUUUUUAACGGCGACUGUGAGCCAUUAAGCGUUGAGGUGGUGCCGAUCCCGUGGAGACGCGCGUCGGAUCCAUCAUUCAUCCGCUACUUUUGACAAGCCCCCCUCGCGUUGUGACUGACAAGUCCGAGUGGCAGAGAGAGAAGGGGAGAGAAGAAGAAAAAGAAGAAGAAAAGCCAUGAGAGUGGACAGUUUUGUUUGAAGGGGGUUUGUUUUAUUUUCACCCCGCUUUUCAGGUGGGGGGGGGGAAAAAGGAACCCCGGCGCCGCUGCAGAGAGGACAGCCGAGGACGUGUAUCCGCCGCGCCCGGGCUGAACUUGCACCGAGAGCGAAGCGGGAGCUGGCUUCACCACUCCGUGGAAGAAGAAGAAGAAGAAGAAGAAGCAGCAGCAGCAGCAAAGAAGAGUGAAAGACGAACUCGGGAUUUUGUGCUGAGAGUUCUUCUCGUUUGUUUUGGAUUUUCCUUCUGUCUUUUUUUUUUUUACCCCCGCGUCCACCCUGGCCUCAGAGGGGAUUUACCCGAACUGAAAGGACGACCAGGGAGUGAGGAGGGUUAUGGCGCAACGGUACGAAGACUUGCCCCACUACGGGAUGGACGGGGUGGGCAUCCCGACCACCAUGUACGGAGACCCGCACGGCGCCCGCUCCAUGCAGGCGGUGCACCUCAACCACGGACCCCAGCUGCACUCCCACCAGUACCCGCACACGGCGCACACCAACUCCAUGCCUCCCAGCAUGGGCUCCUCCGUCAACGACGCUCUCAAGAGAGAUAAAGACGCCAUUUACGGGCACCCCCUGUUCCCCUUGCUUGCACUGAUUUUUGAGAAAUGUGAAUUAGCGACUUGCACCCCCAGAGAGCCCGGGGUGGCGGGAGGAGACGUCUGUUCGUCGGAAUCUUUCAAUGAAGACAUAGCGGUGUUUGCAAAGCAGAUUCGGGCAGAAAAGCCUCUGUUUUCAUCAAAUCCAGAGUUGGAUAAUCUGAUGAUUCAAGCCAUUCAAGUUUUACGAUUUCAUCUUCUGGAGCUGGAGAAGGUACACGAGCUGUGUGAUAAUUUCUGUCACCGGUACAUCAGCUGCUUGAAAGGCAAGAUGCCCAUCGACUUGGUCAUAGACGACAGAGAGGGGGGCUCCAAAUCAGACAACGAGGAAAUCACAAGAUCGGUGGCGUUGGACCAGACAUCCUGGAACAGAGACCACGACGACACGGCAUCCACGCGCUCCGGAGGCACGCCGGGACCGUCCAGCGGCGGACACACGUCUCACAGCGGGGACAACAGCAGCGAACAGGGUGACGGCCUGGACAACAGCGUGGCUUCGCCGAGCACGGGUGACGACGACGACCCGGACAAAGAGAAGAAACACAACAAGAAGAGAGGGAUUUUUCCUAAGGUGGCCACCAACAUCAUGAGAGCGUGGCUCUUCCAACACCUUACGCAUCCCUACCCCUCAGAAGAACAGAAGAAACAGCUGGCGCAGGACACAGGACUCACCAUCCUACAAGUGAACAACUGGUUCAUUAAUGCGCGGAGGAGAAUAGUGCAGCCCAUGAUCGACCAGUCAAACCGUGCAGUAAGUCAAGGAGCUCCCUACAAUCCAGAUGGCCAGCCAAUGGGUGGCUUCGUCAUGGACGGCCAGCAGCACAUGGGAAUCAGACCACCUGGGCCGAUGGGUGGAAUGGGCAUGAACAUGGGCAUGGAAGGUCAGUGGCACUACAUGUAGCCCUACCCGAGUCUGACCAAUCACAACGCAAUGGGGGUUAGCUGGAGGGGAAUCGUGUGUCUCCCAGAGGCCCGUGGAGCUUAGGAACGGCACACCUCGACUUCCCGACGCCAGUAACCAACGAAAACAAGACUCCGGAUUCAGCGACCGUUUCAUCUGGCUGACGCCCGUCACCUGGACGUCUUCCAUGGCUGCCUCUAAUCUUUCCACCAGAAUCGAACUGAGCUGCGCUGAUCAAAAUUCGGCCAAGUACAGGAAGACCUGACUCCUGAAAGAAUACUGCUUCUUCUUCUUCUUCUUCUUCUUCUUCUUGUUCUCUGGUUGACACAAGACUUCAGUCCCUUUGCUGCUGCCCCGACGCCCCACGCGGAUUCCUCCAUCAAAGUGAUUGUGAUUGACUCUUUUCGGGCGAUUUGCCUGCACCUCUGGCGAAUGUGGUGCCCGGUUGAUCUAUUCUCGACUCUUGAGGGCAAAUGUUAAGACUUCUUUUUAAGAGGAGCGCUCUACUCUUUGGGACGGAGGAUGUGGACCAAAGAGAAGCCAAUGUCUGUAAAGGACAGGAAGAGGUGCCCUUUAAAAACAAAAAAAAAAUACAGUGGAUUGAGACCUGGGUGGAGAGAUGGCGAGAGUGAUGAAAUUAAAAAAGUAUAAAACUAUAUCAAGCCCUAGUUUGGGAAGUGAGUUGAGAAAGAAAAUAUACUGUAUACAGUUGUAAAAUUACGCUGGACUCUCACAAGAACUGGGAAACUAAGUAUUGUAAAUGCUAUUGUAUUGUUCUGCAUAUUAUGUUGUUUCUAAUAGAUUUUUUAAAAAAAGGAUGUGAACUUUUUUCUCUUUUUUUCCUGGUUUCUUUACGGAUUCUCUUAUCUGUGGGUGUGCGUGUGUGAGCGCGUGUGCGUGUGUGUGAGCGAGCACCGUCCCCAACAAAUCUGCCCUCCUCAACCUCCAGCUCCAUUGAACCACGUUGCGUCUUUAUUUUUAAAACAAAGUAAAAUCCGAUGUCCGCACUCUCUCACAGCCUCUCGUGGAAUAUCGGAAAGGUCGGCGAUCCAGGUGUUGGUUUUGCUCGUUUUUUGUUUUUUUUUAUGUACCACUCUUCACAGCUUCCUGGCGGACAUAGAAGAUGCAAAUGUUGCCGUCAAUUAGGCUGCACUUCUUUUGCCUCCAGAAGAGGCCACUUCUACUGCUUUCACAACCAGAUGGACGAAGUUUCCCCCGCCGUCCCGUUUCCUACUGCUUUAAUUUUAUAUGUAUAGGCUGGGGAGAUCCUCUUAGUGUCGUCAUGGCGAUGCACUCUAAGAAAUGUUUCACAGUCGAUGGGGAAGUUGCAAGUAUAACCCAGAAGACAUGUUUUUUUGUUUUUUUUCUCCAUCUGUAUGCGAUUGAACGUCUUUUCCAGGUUCUUAUCGGCGCGUUUAACGUCACGUGGCGGCGCGCUCGCUUUCGCGCGCCCAAUGGAGUUUCUCCCUCUCAUAAUUCGAUGCAGAUGCUUUGUGAAAACAACAUUUAUGCCAUGGUCCCGUCUUGUUUUUUUUUUUGACUAGGUUGGUAUAACGCUGAUCAACAGACAGGAGAGAAUGUAAAAGUAGCACUCUAAAAACUGCUGGGCUAAAAACAGCCCAGUCUAGGUCAUUUUGCAAACCCUUUUCUGGGUCCAACAUUAAUCCAUUCUGAUGCUUCUUGCUUUCAAUAAAAAAAAUGUCUCAGUGGAGAAAAAAUAACUAUAUGUGUAUUUAGCUAAAGUGCAUUGCAGCAUUUUUGGCUUGCUGAUUUUUUUUUCUACUGGUUGUUUUGUGCUGAAAGUAAAAAUCAUUGUAUAUAAAAGUCAGAAGUAUCAAAACAUCACCUACUAUAUAUGAGACUAUAACAUAUAUAGGCUUAAUAGUGCUUCUAAGUUCCUUAUCUUUAAAUAUAAACCAUUAUUUGGGUUUAAAACAAGUGUAUUACACUAAAGCUACUGAAGAGGGGAUGAAUAGAGUGACCAAUUACCAGGAAUAAUAAAGACUUAAUAUUUAAGCAACAAUUUAUUAUUUUCAGUUCACUAAACUGCAGUAAAAACUAAACGUCAAAAAAGUUGUGAUCUUUAGACGUUUUACUGACACACACUUGAAUUUGGAUGGGAAAAGUUAUACUUGGUAUACUUUAUGACCAAUAGUUUAGUUGAAGUUUAAUUCUUGCACUAGCUAGCACUAGCUACCUAGCAUGUCAAAGGCUAAUUUUGUUUUAAGUAAAAAGCAAAAACUGGUUUUCUAGUGUGAACUAAAGUUCAUAACCCAAUUAUUGUUCUCAUUCAGCAACAUUUUAACCAUCUAAUUUCUUUCUACAUCCUGUUUGAAGAGGAUUGUUGAAGUCCGACCAAGUCGACGUUUUCAAAAUGGCGGUUGCUGAAGAAUGAUGAGGCUAAUUUUAGUCUCUUGACUCACCAAAUUGGGUCCUGAGUUUUGACUAAAUCUGCAGCUACAACUACCUAACAUCUGUCCCAAUAGCACAGGGCUAAUAUAAAAGUCCAGCAGUUUUUAUGUGUGCUGCAUGUGUGGAACAGUAUUGAUGUGACUGGGAACACGUGUGUGUCGUAGAGAGGGCGUGUGUGAGAGUGUGUGUUAUCAAUGCUUCCACUAUCCACUGCUUCAGACAUGUAUGACACACAUCUUUUAAAAUUCCUUUGAAGACAAAGUCAUGACUCGUAUGCUUUUGCUUUGAAGGGUAUAUGUGUACAUGUGUGUUGUAAAUAAAUACUUUUCUUCAAAUAACACAACUUAA